AUGUUCACGUUCAGACAGACCCUUUACGACCCUUUGCUCUCCCAAUGGUUAGACACCUACAGAACUGGUGUCUUCCGUAUUUUAAGGUACGAUACUUCCCCAGAGACCUCUCUGCGAGGAAGUCUGGUCCAGCGAGAGUUCUUUCCACGAGGAGAGAGCGUUAGGUUCGAGCUCUCCAAUCCACGCUUCUUCGAGUUUAUCUCUGUUUUAACCGGCUUGCCGGGUUUUCCAGAAUUCCCAGAGCUCCGAGUCUCUAACCCGGGCUCCGAGUCUCUAAUCCGGGCUCCGUGUGACCGCGCGUUCCGAGACCCAGGAUUUGGCUCCUCCAUCCAGGUUCCGGGUUUCCUCUGCGCUCUACGGCUCCAGACGGCACAAGGAUCCGGAUCCGAGGGCCCGCAGCAGCGGCUCUACGGCCCGGGGCCCAGGCGGGCGGAGGUGGCGGCUCCCGGGACCGGCCGCGCGGUGAGUCCGGAGCUUUGUGUGGAGCCGGGGCUGGGGGAGGAGAGAGGCGGCGGCGCUCAGGGGGCCGGGGAUAGCGGCGCCUGA